AUGAAGGACAUCAGAAGUGCCAGAGGAAAACUGCUUGCCCCCAGUGUGAUUGGGUGAUCAAUCAAGAAAAUGCCUGAGCUUCAGCUAUUCCUGAUGGAGCGCGUGGCAUUGUACCAUAACCUGGAAUAUGUCUCUGGGGAGGAAAAGGAGCCCAAGCUCAUCUUUUACAACGGGAAAGAAGAGGUUGUGAAGACUGUUCUAGUUGAGGAUAUGAAAGCGGAUGAGAUCUCUGCUCUCCUGGAAUCUCUGGGGUUCUACAAAAAGUCACAGAAAGGUGAAGAGGUCCCCAAGGAGUUCCAGCAUCUCCCUCUGAAAGCUCCUAGAGAUGAACUCUGAGAGCACCUAGUGUUCAUCUUGAGUAUUGCUGCAGGAAGCAAGAAUGAGGCUGGGGAUCGAAAGGCAGCACCGUGCCUGGUCUCAGGCUGAGCAGAAGCUUCUCGUAGUGAGAAAAAAAAAUGAAUACAUUCAUUGUUAGAAGCAAAACAAAUAAUAAUGAUGAUGAUGUAAACCAAAUUG